AUGGCAGAUGAUGGUUUCGAUCUUUCUCCAGGCUUUCUCGCCGCCGCCAGAGAGCAGCUGGCAAAGCUCAAAGUGAAAAACACAUUCUUUGAUGUGGUGGAUUCCGAAGACGAGGAGGGGGCUCUUCGCUUCGGCAGUGUGUACAGCUGCCCGGCGAAGGGCUCUGAGGAGGCGUUCGAUGCCAUCGACGCAUCCGACCUCCCGGCAGGAUCGUCCUUGCCAAUGGUGCCAGCUCCCCCGCAAGUCCCACCACCACUUCCGAGGCUUCAACCUGGGCCAGAGCGACCCUGCUUGCUGACCAGCAGCCCUGUGACAAGCCCGAAGCAUGGAAGUGGCAGAGAGGAUGAGCCGACCCACACGAGUCCCUUCAAAGUUGGGGCAGAAAUUUGUGCAGAUGCUUCAGAUUCCGAUGCUAGCAGGAUGAGCCAUUCCCGCCCACAGCGUGCCACGGGCGUAGCGGACGGGUUUGAAGAGGAACCUGCCUCGUCAUCCUCGCAGACCCGUCCGCGGCCCAAAAAGGGCUUCCCGGCCUCCGAGACUUUCCCAGCCAUCGAGCCAUUGGAAACCCGGCGCCCCCAGCAAUCGUUGGGAUCGCAAGUCCAUGGCACUGGUAACUGCAAACCUUGCGCCUGGUUUUGGCGGCCACAGGGCUGUGCCAACGGCGCGGAAUGUGGCCACUGUCACCUUUGCUCUGCCGCAGAGUUGAAGGCCAGGAAGAAGGCUAAGAAGUCGGCAUCCCAGCGCCUCAGGGCUGCGGCUGCUGCGGCACAGGCAUCUCCGCAGGAGAAGCAAUCGCCGGCAGGGCCUGUUGUCGCAGUGGCGCCUGGGCCGAUCAUCGUGCCAGCUAUACUACUGCAGUGA